UGUUUAAUUUCUCUUUGGCGAUGGCGAGUUUGGAUGAAAAGUGGAAAGCUUUGGUCAAGUUUGAGUCUAUUGUGGUAGAUCGUGAAAGAGAUGUUGUUCGAGUGACAAAAGAACUGUAUGAUCUUCAUAGCAACAGAGAACAACUCAGGGGUGUAACAAGUAGUUGCAACUAUCGCUUGACCAUACCAUUUGCCCCCCAUCUCUUUGGCUCGGGCAAAACGACCUUUGCCCGAACCUAUUUGGAGUUGUUGCAAAGGUUUGGUGAAACUUUUCUGUCGAAAUUUGCUUCGGACCCUUCCAGGAGAACCUUUUUGGAGAAGCUGAAAAGGGCUUCGUUGCUUUUUGUGGAUUUGAGGGAGUUGAAGCCCAUUGGCCCGAUCGAGUUUUCUCGAAACCUGAAGUGGGCAGUGUACUAUUUGUUAAUCAAGGCUGCUUGUUUGCAAUCAGGUCUUCCGCAACCAGACCCGGACGAAUGUUUCAAGGAACUGAAACUUAGGAGUGAUGCUUUGGUUCAGAAAAUCCGUUCAAUCUUAGACAUUCCUUCCAAUCAAUAUCUUCUGAUAGCAUUUGAUGAAGUUG